UAUUCCUGCCUGUAAUUCGGGAGGAGAGCAGACAGAGAUACAGGGCGACGGAGGAGAGCUACAUCAUGGCCAUGUUGAAGAGGGCGCAGCUGUACGAAAGCGCCAGCAGCCGCGCGCGUCUCACCUCGACGUGGUCACUGAGCGCCGCACGCGCCGCAGCCGGAAGCCAGACGAGCGACGCCGAGGCGCGCGAGCCGCCGACAGAAUGAGGCUCCUCCGCACGCGGACCGCCGAGCUCGGCGCUGCUCUCACGGCAAGCAGUCACGCUUUAGGUGUUAGGUUUUUUUUUUAUCUAUCCUUUUUUUUUUUUUUUUUUUUUUUUUUUUUUCGGUUAAUUCCAGCAAUAUCAGUUGUAGGCUAUGCGGUAAACAAAGAAAUACCGGUUGGAGGCCAUGGUCAGAUACCGAGAACGGAAAGUGACGCGUUUGUAGGCUGAGAAUAGGUGAAAUAACAUUACUUAGGCGAAUUGCGUCGCUUUUUUUUUUUUUUUUUUAUUAUUAUUUUUUAUGUAGCUAGUGAAUUAAAUGCCUAGCAGCAAGUGUACUAUAAAUAGGACAGUCGCCUAUCUGUAGCUACCUUUAGGGACAAUUAGCGUCCACAAUUCUUAAUUCAUAGACUUAUUAGUGUUCAUAUUAAAAUGCCUGAUAUCAUGCACGUGAGAUGGCAGUUUACACGCAUAACCUCCCCAUCAUCCUCUUUUUUUAGCUCCUUUUGUCGGUGCUCGACCCUUUUUUAGGCUAAGGAAUAGAUAUUAGAUAGGUAGGUAGAAUACACAACAUGAGGGAUCACUAGAGAUCCUUGUAAUCACUGACACUCAUCAUUAUUUUAGAUGUCAACAUAUAGCAUAAUAUAACAUAUCAUAUCAUAACAUAACAUUAAUAUAGGCUACAAGCAGACGAGACGAGAGCGUCGUUGUCUAUCGUUUAUUUAUUUAUUUAUUUAUUGAUAUAUCUUGGCUAUAAAUUGGGCGUAUUAUCCUAUGAUUGAUACUUCGAAGUAUUAGAGGUAGUAGAGUAAACAUUAAUCAAAGCAGGAAGUGUUGAUGUCCUGCGUGGACAUGGAUGUUAGCCGGCCAGAAGGUGAGGCGCUGCUCCAGGACUCACCGGGGAAACCGGGAGCCGAUGAGCCGCUCGCUGCUUCACCUCAGUCGGGCGCGGAGAGCCAGCGCAGCUCGGGGGUGAAGAAACACCACCACAAACACAACCUGAAACACCGCUACGAGCUGCUGGAGACGCUGGGCAGAGGCACGUACGGCAAAGUGAAGAAGGCCAUCGAGAGACAUUCAGGGAGGGUGGUUGCUAUUAAGUCUAUUAAGAAGGAAAAAAUCAAGGAUGAGCAGGACAUGGUGCAUAUCCGUCGGGAGAUUGAGAUCAUGUCGUCCCUACGCCACCCCCACAUCAUUUCCAUAUAUGAAGUAUUUGAGAAUAAGGACAAGAUUGUGAUCGUGAUGGAGUAUGCCAGUAAGGGGGAGUUGUAUGACUACAUCAGCGAGCGUCGGCGACUUACGGAAAGAGAGACACGCCACUUCUUCAGGCAGAUCGUGUCUGCGGUGCACUACUGCCAUAAGAAUGGUGUAGUGCACAGGGAUUUGAAACUGGAAAAUGUGCUACUGGAUGAGAACUGUAAUAUAAAGAUUGCAGAUUUUGGCUUGUCCAACCUGUACCAUAAGGACAAACUUUUGCAGACAUUUUGUGGUAGCCCGCUGUACGCAUCACCAGAGAUCGUCAAUGGAAGACCUUAUCGUGGCCCUGAGGUGGAUAGCUGGGCGCUUGGAGUGCUGCUCUAUACUCUGGUUUAUGGUACGAUGCCAUUUGAUGGGGGAGACCACAAGAACCUCAUCCGCCAAAUCAGCAAUGGUGAAUACAAAGAACCGACCCAGUCGUCAGAUGCUCGUGGUCUGAUCCGCUGGAUGCUGAUGGUGAAUCCUGAGCGGCGCGCUACAGUGGAGGACAUUGCCAAUCACUGGUGGGUCAACUGGGGUUGGAAGAACAGUGUGUGUGACUGCGAGAGCCAACGUGACACAGGGUCCCCCAUGUUGGCUCGCCUAAUCGACUGGCAGAGCCGCACUGAGCCGCGAGUGCCCAAAGGAGCCCGGUCUGAACCACUUCCACUCAUCCGUCAACGGCCUAAGAAGAGCAAGAAGGAGAAUGAUGGAGGGAUGCCCCACUGUGAUGAGGACGACAGCCUAGGCUUGAAGCGACCAAAGGGAAUACUUAAAACUCGGCCUUCUGAAGAGCAGCGCUCACCCAGCCUGGAGGACAUUGAGCUGAUGCCUGCCAUUGAAGGUGCAGAAAAAGAGGAGGGGUCUUCAGCUGACCAAGAGGAAGAGGAGCCUACGUUCACAGGAGGACUUCUGGCCAAGAUGGCCCCUGUUCUCCCAAAGAAGGGCAUCCUGAAAAACAAGCAACAACGGGAAUCAGGGUACUACUCUUCACCAGAGCGCAGCGAGUCCUUUGACCUGCUAAGCAGCAGCAGUAUCACACCCCUUGGUGCCAGCUCACCACCCAAACGCACAGUGGGGAGGAAGGGCAUUCUGAAGCGCAAUGGAAAGUACUCCACCUACAGUGCCACACCUUCUGUGGCUGCCCUUGGAGAGACUCCAUCUGGUGAUUCAGGUUUAUGGCGUAGCCAGAGCCGGCCAUCCAGCAUUGUGGGGGAAGACAGCAGCGUCCUGACCAACAGCUCCUUCAGUGGGGCAGAGUGGCCCCAAAUCGGCCCAAGGCCCAACAUCCGAGGCUGUGCGUCAGCUGAGAAUAUACUCCAGCUGGCCAACUUUAAAGGGUUACAGGCAGCUCCAGCCCUGCAUGUAGGGAAGUUUGGUCGAGGGGCUCACGGCUCACCUGGGGACAACAGCAGCUUCUCCCUGCUGGGAGACCUGGAUGAUGUAACACAGGUAUACCAGCAAGCCCUGGACAUCAGCAGCAACCUGGUGUAGAGAGAGAGAAAUGGGGAGAGGGUGCUCUAGAGAGAAGUCUGAGAGAAUGUAUGUGGAGGUGUUUGUUUUGUGUAUCUCUGACGACCAGUUGCAGUGCUGGGAUAAUCUGAUAGAAAGGCUUGCAUGGAUUGAAUCGAGGGAGUUAUACACUGCCAAACACACACCAUGUAAGACUUGAGAUUUGUGAAGUAAGAAAAUUGAUUGUUAGCCCUCUAGUGCCCUUGACCCUCAUGAGUUCAAAUGUUUACAUGUUAAGCAAAAAGUGAGUUAAAAUCACACAUAGACACCCUACAGCGGGAGGCUCGAAUCAAAAUAAUCAAAAUAAAGAGCCGAGCUAUGUUUACAAAAGCACCUUAACUCACACAGAGCACAUGUUGUGAUCUUUACUUCCUAUGAAAAAGAAAAAGAAAACCAGGGUCUUGCUCAAAAUGAACUGUCAGUGUCAUUUAUUUAUUAAUAUUUUGCAUAGAUUUAACGAUACAGAACUGGUGUGGUCUGACUGUACUGGAAGAACUUCAUCUCUCCUUAAACUCAAAUGGAACUGACAUAUAUAAUGGCUAUGUUGUUUAAUUAGUUAUUAGAAAGAACAAUUACCUGCCUACAUAAGGCACGAGGUCUCAUGUACAUGACAGACUCUUACAGGUCUUAUAUCCAGUCACAUAUUUAUGAGAAUAUGUAAGAAGUGCCUUUUUAAUUGAUAUGAAAUUAUGUAUGUCAUUUCCUUAAGGUGGAGAGAGAUGCCAGGUGGAGCCAUCACCAGAUGUGCUUGUUAACAUGUUGAACGUUGAGCGACCCAGGACCUUAGAGCACAAAGCCUUUUCAUAUUAACCGGCUAUCGCAAUACCUCACUAUUAGCUUAAGCAAUCAGGCACGUUUGGUCGUUUUGAAGAUUAUUUUCAGAUGUUACUUAAUUACGGUGGAGGCAGGCAGCUUUUAAAGCUCCUUACCCAAUGCAACCUCUCUAAAGCCAUCACGCAGUGACCUUAUUUCUGUUCAGUCUGCUGCAUUUAUCUUGGUUUUUGUCCUCAAAGACAUCCUUUAAAAAACUCAUGUGCCUGAAGGAGUCUAAGAAGAGAACUAGUGUAUCGAGUUCCUCUCUGGGUUCGCGAAUACAAAUUCUCAUUUUAUGCUGAAAUGGAUGGUUUGGACAUUUCCAUUGUUCCCCCCCCCCCCCCCCCCCCCCCUGGAAACCUGUAGUCACUGUGUGUUUAUAUCUAGUGCAGUUAUGCUUCAUUGACUAAUACAGAGCUACUGUUCGCCAAUAAUCUUUGUGUCAUUCAGCAUGAUGAGGUAAAUAUAUUUAUUUCAAAACAAUGUUCCUGCUUUUGGAUCCAAUUCCAAAAAAAAAAAAAAACUCCUUGCCAUGGCAUGUUUGUACUGGAACUUGUCCUAGCUAUCAGGAUAAAGAGAUUUAAUACACAUUUAAACGAGUAGAGCUGUUGCUCAGUGAUCAGUGCGAGCGUUUACAUUCGUUUAGCCUUAAUGUAGUUCUGUCUAGUUUGCUAUAGAUGGUAGGUGAGUGUGGAUGUUGAGUGAGAGAGAUAGAGUAAUGUGUUCAUAGUGGUAGGUACAUGAAAAAUGUCGAGCCUUUUCCAGUAAGUAGGUUUUAUGAUUGAUUUACUGGAAAUGGAAGUGGAAGGAUGACUGCAAGUGUUGAAGUAGCAUGACGAGAUAAGUAGAAAUGAAGAAAGUGAGUGGAUAGGGAUUACAUUUUACUCAUGGUGGGAUGAGAUCUAAACGAUCGAAGGGAAAGAAUCUUUUAAACACGCCUGUGUUAUCGUACAUGGAUGUUAGUGUUCAACUGAGCGUUUCUUGUUUGUUCAGCUCCAAUAAACGUCCAGCAUCGUUGAGUUGCAACAGUACAGCUGAAUAUGAUGAAUUCCCAAAUCACUGCAGGAAGUGCACAUAUAAUAACAACAACAACAAACAACAAACUGACCAAACAUCUGUAGGACAUAUGAAGGCAUUUUGUGCAGCAGAGGUCCUGGGUACUGAGAGAAAUGAGACACCCUUUGUGUAUCGUAUUGUAUUGCAUUUUAAUAUUGCAUCGUAUUGUCAACUGGAUUCACAGUGAAGGAAUUAUACUAUGUUAGUAUUUUGUUUAAUUAUAUUUCAGUUUUUGAUUCUCCAAAAUAUUGAACCUUUAUUAUUUUUAUUUUAUUUUAUUUUAAUGGCAGAAACUUGGAUGCGGCUAGGUUUGACUGAUUCGACUAGGGCUAACCUAAGCCCAUCUCCUCUGGGUUCAUGUUAAACCUAACAUGAACCCAUUUAAUGUAAUCCAUACAUUAAAUAAAAAUCGCUUCAGUGAAAUACAGCGUUAGAUGAGCAUUCACACUUUGACGCCUACGCAGUGGUUUAGUGGACAGGUCUAACUUUUGACUAGGCCCUUUCAGCAGCACUUCAAUUCACAGUAGUUUUCCCAAAUUUUCCAGAAUGCUCCUAUCUGAAACAUCUGAAGUGGUCUUAUGCUGCACUGAGAUGUAGGCUUAUUUGCGCUUUUCACUGCUGAAAUUCCUGGACAUGACUCUAGACACUAUAAAUCACCCCAAAGUGCCACAGUGCCAUUCUAGUAUGUACGUACACAAUCCACCACAAAGUUCCGCCACAAAGUUAUACCAAAAAAAAAAAAAGGAAGGAAAGAUAUCAAGCUAUGCAUUAGUCGAUGAGCCGCAAACAUGCUUUCUGCCAAACUGGAAUUAACUGGUGCAUAUCUGUUAGUUAGCAGAAAGUCUACUUAUAGGAAAACUUGACUGGAUAUUGUUAUUGACAACAAGAAGAUGGUAUUAUUAUGUUAUUUAAGUAUUAUUUUUGUUACAAUUCAUUACUGUUGUUGGCUAAAGCCACAAUAAUCAUUUUUUCAUUUUAUUGAUUUGAAUACCUGGACUGCCAAGGUGUUUUUUUUUUUGUUGUUGUUUUGUUUUUUUAAGUUUCAGUGCCUUUGCUAUCUUUUAUGAUAAUUUUUUUAAUUAUUAUUUUUUUUAAUAAGAGUAAUUAUAGCAAUUGUGUUUUUAUACUCUAUUUAUUUUGGUAGUGAAUCCAUUUUUUGCUUGAUGUAACGCCACUCCAUGCCUUGUGUGAGACUGUGUGGGUGUUUAUAUAUGAAGAGACGCGAUGACCUGGAAGGACGGGGAGGAAAAGGAGGACGAGAGGGAGUGAGAGGGUGUGGAAUGCAGUUAUUUCAUGCUGGGGUUAUUUCUUGUUUGUUUAAAGAGCUGAUGAGGCCUGUAUUUAUCUGUGAAAGCUGAAGUUGAGUGGUCAUCAUCUGUAUGGCAAAACCAAGCCACUGUAAAAAAUCAACUCAGUUAAUAAACGGAUCAUUUCAAAGUA